CCCCAUUGCCAACCUCAAUCAAAUACAGAGACACUCGAGUCAGUCUUUGCUUGUAGAUCCACCGCAAACAAUGCCCAACUUGUUCGAGACCAAUCCUGCCGUUCCCCGCGAAGUCACUCUUGGCACGAGCGGCUUUGCCGCCCUGCCCGAGAUGACCGUGUUGGACGUGAUGCGGACUGCCGUCGCCCAGUUUGGCUCCAAAAAAGCACUGGUCGCCAAGCGCGAUGGCAAGCAGGUCUCGUGGACGUUCCAAAAGUACCAAGACGACGUGCUUCGAGUCGCAAGAGCACUCAUCCAGCUUGGGAUUGAUGCGCACAGCUGCGCAGGUAUUCUCGCCUUCAACUGUCCCGAAUGGAAUAUUAUCGAGCUGGGAUGCAUGUUCGCGGCCGUGAUUCCGUUUGGCAUCUACACAACCAACGGAGAAGAGGCCUGUCAGUUCGUUCUCAACCAUGCCAAAGCGUCGAUUGUCUUUGUCGAAGACGCUGAAGCCUUGAAGAAGAUUCUUGCAAUUCGUGCUCAACUUCCCGCGCUCAAGGCGAUCGUGCAACUGUUCGGCACUGUUGAAGCAGGCCACUCUGGAAUUUACACUUUUGAAGAAUUCUUGGCCAAAGGCUCCGCGGCACCUGCUUCAGCUGUGGAAGAGCGAGCAAAGCUAAUCACUCCGGGACACUGUUGCAUUGUCAUUUACACCUCGGGAACGACUGGCGAGCCAAAGGCUGUCAUGAUUUCUCACGAUUCUUUAACAUGGGUGUCUCGCAUUGCCCAGUCAACCUACGGCAUUCGUGCGGGCACGGAAGUGUUUGUGAGCUUUUUACCCUUGAGUCACGUUGCAGCCCAGAUCAUCGACGUCUGUCUUGCGCUGCUCAGCGGCGUGGAGACCUUUUUUGCUCCGCGAGAGGCCCUUCGAGGCCAGCUGAUCGAGACUCUCCAAGAAGUUCGUCCAACCAUGUUCAUGGGCGUUCCGCGUGUGUGGGAAAAAGUGUCAGAGAAGAUGCGAGAGGUCGGCGAGCAGCAAACCGGUCUGAAAAAAUGGAUUGCUGGUUGGGCGCGACGAACUGGCCUCGCUGGCAACAUGGCCCUGCAAGACGGCAAGUCGCUACCCGCCGGAUGGUGGCUCGCGGACAAGCUGGUCUUUAGCAAAGUGAAAUCAGCUCUUGGGCUGGAUCGAUGCAGAAAAACGUUCACGGGGGCUGCUCCCAUCUCGCUGGAGACCAUCACCUACUUUCUCAGCUUGGACAUUCCGUUGUACGACAUUUAUGGCAUGAGCGAGACUACUGCAAUCAUAACGCUUCCCGAGCCCAGCACAUUCCGCUCGGGGACCUGCGGCAAGCUGCUGCAGGGCCUCGACGUCUUGAUCGACCGGCCCGAUCGCGAAGGCAAUGGCGAAAUCCUCGUGCGAGGUCGAAAUCUCAUGAUGGGCUUUAUGAACAAUCCCGACGCCACGGCUGCAGAGUUUACACGCGAGGGCUUUUUCAAAACUGGCGACAUUGGACGCUUUGAUGGUGAACAAAACCUCCUGUUGACUGGUCGAAUCAAGGAGAUCAUCAUCACUGCGAACGGCGAGAAUGUUCCGCCGCUGAUGGUGGAAGGCGCUCUGAAACACCAGAUUCCAAUCAUUAGCAACGCGAUGGUGAUUGGCGACAAUCGCAAAUUCCUGACCUGCCUGAUGACUCUCAAAUGCGAGCUGGGUGAUGAUGGUCUGCCAUCAGAUCGGCUUCCAUCCAGCACUCUCAAGCUUUUCGAGCAGCUUGGAAUCUCUGGAUGCACGACGGUGAGCGCCGCACUCAAGAACAGUCACGUUCACAGCUUCAUCGCAGAGGGCGUUCAGGUUGCAAAUCGCAAAAUCGCCAACAAUGCGCAACAUGUUCAGAAGUGGCGCCUGCUCCCUGUUGAUUUUUCCGUCUAUGGCAACGAACUCGGUCCGACACUCAAGCUCAAACGUCGAGUCGUCAUGAAAAAGUACAAGAAUGUGGUUGACGAAAUGUAUGAAGGCGAAGGGGCUGCGUGAGUUGUGGUUCUCCCUAAACUGAACUCGACUCGACUCUGGUCCAAAUGUCACGACAUUGUGUUGCAGUAAAACUUUCAAUUCAUUAAAGCUCGCCCAA